CAAUCGUCGCGGUAUUAUUGUAGAUGUUUUGGAAGAAGACAGACGAGCCGAAGAAAGCAUCGCGUGCGAGGGCGGCCCCACCUUCCCAGAGAAGCGGCGGCAAUGAUGACUUUGACUUGGCCCAAUUUGGCAUCAAACCUGUGAGCGACAAGGACGUGGAAGCUGAAAUGGCCAAGAUGAUGGCCGAGAUCUCGAACGGGUCGUCUGGGGACAUGGAUGCAUCGGACGACGAGACGGAACUCAUGCGUCAGAUUCAACAGAUCGGCGUCGACGUUUAUCCAUCGUCCCUUCGGGCAGUGUCCUUGUCCAUGGGCUCUAUCCACUCGAACGACGAAAACGACGAUGACGGAGAACUAAGCGACUCAUGCUUGGACGACCCGCACCUCCAAGCCGAGCUACAAGGGAUUCUUGGCACAGCGAAGAAUACACCUUCCAGUCGCGAGGACGAUGAACGACUCCGACUCCAACACCUCGUCGAGUCGGAGAAGCAAAACGCGAUCAACCUCAAGCGGCAGGGGCACAUCCACGGCGCGUUAGAGGCCAUGCGGGUUAUGAAGGCGUACGAAGCGCAGCUCGAAGCCCUAGGUCCUCCUGUUUCGGCUCCUCCUUCCCAGCGGCGGCGUCCAGUGGCGGCGGCCACGUCUGCGCUGUCCCCCACCAUCGACGACGACGACGACGACAACCAUCACACCAUUGAAGUGACCGACGACGAUUUAAACAAUCCAGAGUUCGACGCCAUGCUGAAUGGUGGUGGAGCAAGUACAGUCAAGUCCAAAGCAGCAGCAGCAGCAUCGGCCACGCCACCACAAGCUGCUGCAGUGGACGUCCACGACAACGACACUGUCGACAGCGUCCAAGCGCAGAUCGCCGCGCUAAAGCGCGAGGCAAUGGCAUUGAAGCAUGCCAACAACAUUCCGCAGGCGCUGGCGAUGCUCAAACAGGCGCGGGCAAUGGAACCCAAGCUCGUCGAGCUCAUGCAACGACGACACGCACCUCCACUUUCCCCAGGCGUUCCGACCAUCCCAAGUGAUUCUUCACAUGCCAACGCACUUGAAUCUCGUGGACAACAAGAGGGUCCACAUGAGAUGGCCACGUCGUGCACUGAUUCAGACAAAGAAGAAGAAGGAGAAGCGAUUCACGUGACCGAUGACGACUUGGACGAUCCCCAGUUUGAUGCCAUGUUACAACACAUAGAUCAAGGCAAAGACACAGAACGAUCGAAGAGUACUGCUUUGGACGACGCACUGGACGACGACAUUGCCGCGUUGAAACACCGCGCCAUGCAGUUGAAGCAAGCGAAUCGGGUGCCGGAAGCAUUGGCGAUGCUGAAACGAGCACGGGCGAUCGAAGUCAAGGCUACCCACCGACAUACCGCGGACCUGCCACCGUCGUCCGCCGACGCGGACAUGGUGUCGUCGUCGGUUGUGGGGAAUCCUGACACGAUCACGCUUUCAGUGGAUGCGAUCAAUAAAGUACCCACGCACGAUGACAUGUCCAGUGAUCACGUCAUACUCGCUGAGACGGGGGGUUCUUUGGCCGUCGCCGACGACAACACGAUUGAGGACAUUGCCCUUCGCCCGCGCACGUCAUCGUCUCAGUUGAUUGACGAAUUCGAAGAAGAAGAAGGCGAGCCGUUUCAUGAUGCCGUGUCUGCCCCGCCGCCGCCAUCGUCCUCUAUCAUGUCUGUGCAGGAGCAAGUAAACGCGGCCAAGACACUCGCGGUGGCGCUCAAGAAGCAAGGCAACAUCCAUGACGCCUUGGUGCAGUUGCGCCUCGCUAAGGACCUCGAAGCAACCCUCCAAGCCAAUUCUGGAGCAACGUUGUACGACCAGCAGCAACGAGCGAAUGCGUUCGAGUCGAUUGAGAAGCAACUGGUCGAGUUUGGCAAUGAAUGCCGCGUCCAAGCCACGCGCCUGCUGUCCAUCGACCGCGGACGCGCCCAAGAACAGCUGAAUCUGCACAAAACGUACGUGGCUGCCCUCGAGACGCUGCGCGCCGCCCGCGCCGACCCGCGCCAGCCGCCGCCGUCGACACAUGUCGAGGAACGAGUCGACAUGGAGGAACAUGUGAACGUUGAUGUGCCCGUCGAUCGCGUCCAGCUCAGCGUGCUGCAAAUGCGAUCGACGUCGCCGGCCACGACGGCCAAAGACUUGUUUGUGAAGCUCCUGUUGAACGUUCCGUCUCAGAAUCCGCACGAACUGACGACGGCGACCGCGCGCGGGUCCGCCGCCGGCCUCUACACGUACAACGCCGUGUCUGUAUUCCCUAUCCAGCGCAACCGCGGCCUGCAAAAACUCGUCGAGCUGCGAAAAGCCCAAGUCGAAGUGUUUACGGCCGCGGGGUUCUUCACGCCGGCGCAAUCCGUGGGCAAAGUGACGUUGCCGCUCAGUCCCCUGCUUACGGCGGCUGAGAUCCAUUGCUGGCUGCCCGUCAUGGUCAAUCGGCGGCCCUGUGGCCUGGACGUGCAGAUUCGCAUCAAGUUGAACGUGCCCCUGCGAGACAAGGAGUUCCGACCGGUCAAGACGCGAGUGUUUGUUGUGGACUCGUAUCCGCCGCCAGUGGGACCAACAACCCAACAGACCCCGGCGACAACACCCCCAGCCAUUCCUGUGGACGUGCGAGCCAUUGCUGCAGCAGCCCCGCCCCCAUCGACAGUCGCCAAGCGAAAGGCGUCGGUGGUGUCAGAGAGAACGACCGACGACGACGAGGACGACGACCCGCAUGCUGUCGACAAGAUUGUCAGCUACGAUGUCAUUUGCCAAGAGGUGGCUAAACUGGAGGAGAAGAUUCAGGGGGGAUUGAAUGCUCCGGCGUUUGUGGAUCGCUUCGAGUCGUUGGCGUUGAAAAAGCAGCUGUUGGAGAUCGACAUCCAGACGGGCAAGCUGACGGAAGCCAUGUACGUGGACCUGUUGAAUGCAGCCAUCAUCACGGACACGGCGCUGGCGCGCUCCCUCCAUCAUCAAGGUACGAAGAAACAACAUGUCCAAUUUGUUGGUUUCGUGUGGUUUCAUAUGUGGUGCCGGAGUGGACGAGGUCACUGGCGGCUAUAUGACGAUGUAGGUCGCAAGUUGGACGGCGCGAGGGUGCUCCACCGUGUCAAGGUCAUGCAACAGGAAGUAGCGUCCGCGACGACGACGGCACCACCCGAAGAGUCAUAGGAAUACCAGUCGUAAUAAACACAUGUCUGUGAAUCAACAGCA